GUCUCUGUUCUUCACCAAAACGGAGGAGGAAAAAAUAAAAAAAAAUUUCUCAUCUCUCUCUCUCUCUCUCUCUCGCUUGGUUCAAUAUGGCCGAGACAAGGAGCCACAGCUUUGCCUACCCGGGCGGCGCCAUGAAGCAGCGGGGGUCCAACAACGACAUCAACAAUGACCACAUGGUCGUCUCAAAAAAGCCAAUGCUGUCGGUGCCUGGAGCUGCGUGGGAUGACCCUGCUGCAGCAUUGGCAUCGGCAAGGCACGAGUUCGGUGAGCACGGUGGGGUGAACAUGUCGAUAGAGGUGUCCACCACCUUCACGGUUAUGGAGCCGGAGAUAAUGCGCCGGAUGUUCGCUGGGGAGCUCGGCCCUGCUCGCAACUUCUUCAUCUACAGCCGCCACUUCAACCCCACCGUCCUCAACCUCAGUCGCCAGAUGGCCGCCCUCGAGGGCACCGAGGCCGGCUACUGCACCGCGAGCGGUAUGUCUGCGAUAUCAUCGGUGCUGAUGCAGAUAUGCAGCAGCGGGGGACACGUGGUAGCAUCACGGACCCUUUACGGCGGGACCCACGCCCUGCUGACGCACUUCCUGCCCAGGGCAUGCAACAUAACGACGUCGUUCGUGGACAUAAUGGACCACGCGGCGGUCGGGGACGCCGUCGUCGAGGGGAAGACAAAAGUGCUCUUCUUCGAGUCCAUGUCCAACCCAACCUUGACCGUCGCCGACGUGCCGGAGCUCUCCAGGAUAGCCCAUGACAAGGGCGUGAUGGUUGUCGUAGACAAUACCUUCGCUCCCAUGGUCCUGUCCCCGGCUCGGCUUGGCGCUGAUGUGGUCGUCCACAGCAUCUCCAAGUUCAUCAGCGGUGGGGCGGACAUCAUUGCAGGUGCAAUAUGCGGGCCGGCAAAGCUGGUGAACUCGAUGAUGGACCUCCACCAGGGGAGUUUGAUGCUCCUUGGUCCGACCAUGAAUGCAAAGGUAGCUUUCGAGCUCUCGGAGCGCAUCCCCCACCUAGGCCUGAGGAUGAAGGAGCACUGCGCCAGGGCUCUAGCAUUCACGAUGCGGCUCAAGAAGAUGGGGAUCAGGGUCCUCUACCCGGGUCUCGAGGACCACCCCCAGCACGACCUCCUGACGUCCAUGAUGAACAAGGACUAUGGGUUUGGCGGGAUCAUGUGCGUGGACAUGGAGACAGAAGAGAGGGCCAACCGGCUGAUGCACCUGUUACAGAACUACACUCAAUUCGGGUUAAUGGCGGUGAGCUUGGGAUACUACGAGACCCUGAUGUCGUGCUCGGGGAGCAGCACGAGCAGCGAGAUGAAUGAGGAGGAGAAGGCCCUGGCGGGCAUUUCUCCCGGGCUGGUGAGGAUGUCCGUAGGGUACACCGGGACCCUGGAGCAAAGGUGGGGCCAGCUUGAGAAGGCCAUCUCUAGGAUGCAGAAGCCAGGUCUAGACCUGUUUGGCAAGAACUAGAAGUGGGCAGGGCCAUAUCUGUUGGUAAACCGUAUCUUGUAACAUCGUACGCAUAUUCAUGUAGAACUGGUCGCGUCAAAUGCAAGUUAUGUCGGUUAAUGUAAAAUCUAGAAAGCUUAGGUUUUAAGAUAUUCUCUUUUUAGUGGAAGCCCAUUAUGUAAUUUUCUUCAAUUACUCUGAUUCUUGGGUUGUG